AUGGCCUACAUCAAUGAAUAUAACGGCGACUCUCUCGUCGCCACCGCCUCUGCGUUUCUUGGGCUCACGCUCAUAUCGGUACUAUUGCGAAUCUACGUCCGCGUAUUCAUGACGAACAGCUUCCAGAUGGAUGACUGGUUCAUGGUUUUUGCUCAGGUAUCCCUCUUCUUCACCAUGCUCGACGAAGUCUUUAUCCUAUCAUGCUCCUUCAUCUUGCUUGGUGUAAGGGAUGGCAUGGGCCGCCAUAACACCGCCCUUCCGCAAGAGGCCGAAAUCGAAGCUCUCAAGUGGCAAGCCCUAGCGACAGCUACCUAUGUCCUCGACAUGAUGUUUAUCAAGCUCAGUAUCGGCAUCUUCCUCCUGCGCCUCGCUGUCCAGAAGGUUUACAAGUACAUCCUCUGGGGCAGCUUGUUCGUUGUUACCAUUUGGAGCACGGUCAUAUUCUUUUGGGACAUCUUCCAGUGCAACCCCGUCGCCGCUCAGUGGGACUACACCAUUCCCAACAGCAAGUGCGUUACUGCGGACCAGAUUGUCUCGGCCGCCUACGCCAUUAGCGUCAUGACCAUCCUGACCGAUUGGCUUUAUGCUCUGCUCCCGAUUCCCAUGCUAUGGAAUGUGGACAUGACGAAGCAAACGAAGAUCACCGUCAUCGUGAUUCUUGGACUUGGUAUCUUUGCGAGCGUUGCUACCCUCAUUCGCCUCAAGUUCUUGGCCGAUCUUACUGACACGGCUGAUAUCCUAUUUGCUGGCACGGAUGCCAUGGUCUGGACUCUCAUCGAGCCCGGUGUUGCCAUUGUUGCCGCUAGCUUAGCAACCAUUCGCCCUCUCCUCCGCGUCAUGCGCCUCAAGGGCUUCGAAACCACACGUUCCGGCAAGAGCACUAACAUGCAGUCCGGUAUCUCCAACCGCUCUCGGCACGUCCCCUCGAUGACUUCGAGUCCCAGCCGUGCCGACCGUUUUGGCCAGGCAGAUCCCAUCAACGCCCCUGGCCUCGCGGUCACGACUGGGGAAGAUGCACGCGCAAGCUUUGCUCCUAGCGAAACGUACGUCAUUGAGGGUGAGCGGACCCAGUGGAGGCGAGGUGAUUCAAGUAGAGGCUCCGCGACGCCCUAUUCCAACGACGCCGCCUCCACGAGCCUGUCAUCGGUUGACAUCAUCGGCAUGAACCCAGCGAGUCAACACGGCCCUCUUGGCCAUAGCACCAAUAACCGGUAA